AUGCGCGGCACAAGAACCCUGCUCCUCCCGGCGGUGAUACCAGGCGCCUUUUCCGCGCUCUGCACACCACUUGCCUGCUCCGCGGUGCACGUCUUCCUGAUCCGCGGAACCAACGAACCCUACCCGGGCCGGCAGCUGCCCACCGCAGAGGGAAUAUGUGAAGACUGGGACUGCUCUUGGUCCAACAUCCAGUACCCAGCCGUGUUCAACGACUACUGCGACUCAGUCGAGACCGGGAUCGCCAACCUCGGCAAGGCUGUCACGGACUACGCCACGCGCUGCCCGGACGCCAAGAUUGUCUUGUCGGGCCACAGCCAAGGUGGCCAGGUCGUGGGCGAUUACCUCGGCGGUGGUGGAGGGAACACCUCUUCGCUCGGGUGCGUCCAGCAGACGAGCAAGGGGAUUUCUCCUGAGACGUUCCCGGCAGAUCAUAUUAUUGCAGCGCUGAUGUUUGGCUCUCCGCGCCACAAUGCCAACCAGUCUUACAAUCUUUUGGUAGGAGCUAGAGCUCAAUCUGGCUGGCCAAGGUCAGGAGAGCAACUCCAAUCACUGAACCUCUGGUCUGAUAAACUCCGUGAUUAUUGUAAUUUGGACGAUCCAGCUUGCGCGAUGGGCUCCAACUGGACGUCGCAUGAGAAUUAUUUCGAGAUGUAUAAGGAUGAUUCAGCACAAUUCGUGAGGUUCAAGGCGUGCCAGUGA